ACCGUAGAAGGAGGGUCGUCAGACGCACGCAGAUGCACGGCUUUCUGCACUACCUUCCCAUCCAGCACAAACUGACUGAUGUGUAAAAUGAAAACUAUGUAACGAGGAGCCUUUUUUUAAAAAAACGGAUGGACGUUCUUCAUUGACCAUCUUCCUACAAUAACGGUGCGCAACUGGAGCGGAGCGGCUUUCCUCCACCGCGUUCGGAGCCGUUAUCAGAACUGGAACGAAGGACUAGAGUGAUUAAACUGCAAGAAGCAUUUCUAAGUCACCGAAGUGUGUUGAAAUUCCUCAACAUUCUCUCUUUUUUUUUUUUCCUCCUUUCUUUCGGAGGACAGAAUCAGUGGAGGAGAACUAAACUUCCGCAGGCGCAGUUAUCCUCUUCCACAGCGGCGCAGGAGUUCGGCUCGGCUGAUGCUGCGUGCCAGACUUGCCUCACUUCCCUGUAGACAGAGCGCAUCGUCUGUGAGAGGGUACAGGAAAAAGACUCCUGCAUGGUAAUUACGUGCAGGUGUUUUCGCAGAUCCUCUUGUGAGGGACCAGGGGAGGGGGGGAGUUCAUCCUCACCAUUCCAAGACCGAGAAACGGGAGAAAAGAAGAAGAAGAAGAAAAAAAAUAAAUAACCAGAAACCCAGGGAGAAUGUUGCACCAAGAACAAUGAGCGCAGAGUUGUCGCAUUUUCCCCAUUUCCACACAUGUUCCGUAGAAUUCAGUUUUGAUGCGCAAUUCUGACUCGUCUGUGGAAUUUUAAAAGACAUAAAAGUGGAUCCCGCGACUUUGCAACCAUGCGAAAUACUUGGCUGUCUCCCCGGAGUGCGAUUUGGGAAUAUUGGACCUCGCUGAUUGCUUGUCUCUUUUGGAUUCAGUACUCUUGCGGGAUGCCUCAUGUUAUACGAAUAGGUGGGAUUUUUGAACAAACGGAUGGACCUGUUUCACUCGUCAGCGCUGAGGAGCUUGCCUUUAAAUUCGCUGUGAACAAUAUUAACAGAAACAGGACUUUGUUGCCAAACACAACACUAACAUAUGACAUACAGAGGAUUAAUAUCUAUGACAGCUUUGAAGCGUCGAGGAAAGCUUGUGACCAGCUGUCUUUAGGUGUGGUGGCGAUAUUCGGGCCCUCACAUAGCUCCUCAUCAAAUGCUGUGCAGUCCAUCUGCAAUGCGCUGGAAGUGCCGCACAUCCAGGUGCGAUGGAAACAUCACCCCAUGGACAACAGGGACACCUUUUAUGCCAAUUUAUACCCGGAUUAUUCUUCAUUAAGCUAUGCUAUUUUGGACCUUGUACAGUAUCUCAAAUGGAAAACAGCCACUGUUGUAUACGAUGACAGCACAGGUCUAAUAAGGCUGCAGGAGUUGAUAAUGGCUCCGUCAAGAUACAACAUCAGAUUAAAAAUCCGCCAGCUUCCUCUCGACACGCAGGAUACAAGACCUCUUCUCAAAGAAAUGAAGAGAAGUCGGGAGUUUCGCAUCAUCUUUGACUGUAGUCACCACAUGGCUGCACAGAUUCUGAAACAGGCCCAGACCAUGGGGAUGAUGACAGAGUAUUACCACUAUAUCUUCACCACUCUGGACCUGAUGGCCAUUGACCUUGAGCCUUAUCGCUUUUGCGGUGUGAACAUGACCGGCUUCCGCAUCCUCAACGUUGAUAAUCCUCAGGUUGCAUCAAUUGUGGAGAAAUGGUCAAUGGAAAGGCAGAUUCCACCGAAACCUGACUCAGGCCUGCUGGAGGGAAUCAUGACGACAGAUGCAGCUCUGACCUAUGAUGCAGUCCACAUUGUGUCUGUCUCGUACCAGCACGCUCCACAGAUGACUGUGAACUCACUCCAGUGCCACCGUCACAAACCCUGGAGGUUUGGAGGGCGCUUCAUGAGUUUCAUCAAAGAGUCUCACUGGGACGGAUUGACUGGAAGAUUGUCCUUUAACAAAACAACUGGUCUGCGCACAGACUUUGACCUGGAUAUCGUCAGCCUGAAGGAGGAUGGACUUGAAAAGGUGGGGAAGUGGAGUGCAUCAGGAGGUCUUAACAUCACAGAAGUGCCGAAGCGAAAAGGGAUGAACAUCACAGACUCCCUGGCUAACCGGUCUCUUGUUGUCACCACCAUUCUGGAGGAGCCAUAUGUCAUGCUUAAGAAGUCUGACAAGGCGCUGGUUGGGAACGACCGUUUUGAAGGAUUCUGCAUCGACUUGCUAAGAGAGUUGGCCAACAUCCUGGGCUUCUCGUAUGAAAUCCGCCUGGUGCCGGAUGGGAAAUAUGGCUCUCAGGAUGACAAGGGCCAGUGGAAUGGCAUGAUUAGGGAGCUUAUAGAACAUCUCCAUCAGUCUUUGUCAAACCACAAAGGACAAAUCCAAUCAAAUUUGGUGGAAGAGGUUAAAGAGCUGACCACCGUGCCCCCCUUCUGUGGGCUUGUUACUUCUCAGAAUUGCCCUCAUAAAUCUUCUCAGCAAAGCUCAGAAUUAAUGCCCAAAGCGUUAUCGACCAGGAUCAUUGGUGGAAUCUGGUGGUUCUUCACUCUCAUCAUCAUAUCUUCUUACACAGCUAAUUUAGCUGCUUUCCUCACUGUGGAGAGAAUGGACUCACCAGUGGACUCAGCUGAUGACAUUGCCAAACAGACCAAGAUUGAGUAUGGAGUGGUCAGAGAUGGAGCAACAAUGGCUUUCUUUAAGAAAUCAAAGGUUUCAACAUUUGAGAAGAUGUGGGCUUUUAUGAGCAGCAGACCAAGAACAUCUUUGGUGAAGUCCAUUGAGGAUGGAAUUCAGAGGGUGUUGAAGUCAGACUAUGCACUCAUUACAGAGUCCACCACUAUUGAUUACAUCACCAGGAGAAACUGUAAUCUGACACAAGUGGGAGGGCUUAUUGAUAGCAAAGGCUAUGGCAUCGGCACACCCCUCGGCUCACCGUACAGAGACAAAAUCACCAUAGCAAUUCUCAGUAUGAUGGAGGAUGGGCUCCUGCACAGUCUGAAAGAAAAGUGGUGGAGUGGGAACAGCUGCUUAGACGAAGAGCGCCACGAGACUGGCCCCAUGGGGAUCCAGAACCUGGGUGGUAUAUUUAUUGUGCUGGCUUCUGGCCUGGUGGUGUCUGUUUUUGUGGCAAUCGCUGAAUUCGUCUACAAGUUGAGGAAGACUGCGGAACGUGAGCAGAGGUCUUUGUGCAGCGCCAUGGUGGACGAGAUCAGACUGUCGUUCACCUGCGAGAGGCGGGUGAAACACAAGCUUCAGCCUCCUGUCAUGGUGAAGACGGAUGCAGUGAUCAACAUGCACGCCUACAACGACCGACGACUCCCAGGAAAGGACAACAUGAGCUGCAGCACUGGGAUGACCCCUGUGUUUCCAUGACAAUGUGUUCCCCGCAGGGCAAGAACCUCAUCAGCAAUGUAUCGGGGACGGUGCCUGAGC